CGAACCCAAGCACAGAUACCCAUCACAACCAAACAUGCCUGUGGCCCGCGCAUACACGCGCAUCGCGCUCGGCAAGGUUACGAACCCGCCGAUUCUUCCCAUUCCAGCCGUCCGCGCCGGUAACAAUGUGCCGCACUCGAUGCACAAGACGCGGCGCGUGUGGAAGCCCAACACGGCUCGCUUCACCUGGCCUGUCAACGUUAUCGCGGGCGCACUAGAGACUGCGAAGGCCGCACGCGAGACGCUCGAUGCCAAUCCUGCGGCCAAGGUGCACGAGCGCGAUUUGUACCCUCGCCUCAACAAGGUCAAGAUGACCAGGCAACAGUCCAAGGAGGUGCUCAAGGCCGGUGGCAUUGAGGGGUUGCUGCUCUCCCGCCCGUCGAAGCACUUCACACCGCAGGGCCGCGCGCUGCGGAACGAGCUCUUCGAGAAGCUCCACGAGCUGCAGCGGACGCUGGCCGCACCACCGGCGGUCACGGCCGCCAAGAGCAAGACCAAGGCAUAG